AUGGAGCUGCGCCGCUCCAGCCGCUUGAGCCGUUCGCGGCACGUUCAGCAAGGUGUGCAGCGGGUCGACAUCAGAUCGAGGGAUUCGAGGCCGAGGCCGGCAUCCAAGGCAUCCAGGGCAUCACGGGCCGAGGAGGAUGAGAUGGAAGACCUUCCUCGCCGGGCCCCCGCCCUGCGUCAUAGGCGUUCCCGGGAGGACCGUGAGGUCGACGAGGAAGUUGGGAUUUGGAACUCGGAAUCAGAUCCUGAAAUCCGCCACUCUGACGACGAUGACGAUGCCCCACUGGUUCCAGCGCGGCAGCGACCCGCGGCCAGGGCUCCUGCCCGAGCCCAGGCUGCCCAGGCUGCCCGUGCCCGACCUACCAGCACUGCCAAGCCGAAGCCGGGCAAAGGUAGAGCAGCCAAAGCAGCCAAAGCGCCAGCCAAGACAGCCAAGAAUCGAAGGGUCUCGACGGUCUCGACACCAGAACCUGAGCUCGAGAAAGUUGAAAAACCGAAAGUUGUGAACGACUGGGGUCCAUGGCUCCCUUCCAAUCGCAGUGCCUGUUGGAAGGAACUCUCUAAGGCCCUUCUCCCUGGACGGCCCAAGCGGAAGUUGGAGGUUCCGGUUCCGAAGUCCAAAGCAAAGGAGUCCAAAGCCAAGGCGAAGCCGAAGGCAAAGCCAAAGGCCAAGGCGAAGGCGGCAGCAGAGUCCAGGGACUACGAUGAGGAUGCCGAGAUGGAAGAGCUCUUUGGUGACGCCCUGCCGACCGACGCGCCGGCCACGCAGGUGUCGCCAUCGGCCAAGUCCCGGACAAAGGCCAAGGCCGUCGAGGCCGUUGAGGCCGGCGAGGACGGUGACCACAGUGACCAACCCGAAGGUGAAGAACAGUCCAAAGAUGCUCCACAGGUCUUGGUUUGUGGCGACCUGAACGGUGAGAUCACGCUGCUCCAAAAAGCGCUACAAGACCUCAAGGUUUGCGCGGCACCACUGUGGCACAGCUUUGUGGUGCCCUUCUCCCGGCGGCAGCUUGGCAUCGCCGUCCCAGCUGCCCUGGCCCUGGCUGGCAGCGAUGUCAGCGUCCAUGCUGAGACCUGCGAAGCCUGCUGUUUGGAGGACUGGUGUGCCUGCGAUCACCGUGUUUGCAAUUGCCAGCAGAUCCUGAAAGCAAAUGGCUUCACAGUUCCUCAAGAUGUUUCGGCCUUGGGCGGCGACUGGCAGAAACUGGACUGGAGAUCAGCACAGUUGCCGCGCUUCCAUCCCGUUUCCACGGAGGAUCUCAUGGUGUGCAACUCCACCUUGAAGGGAGCUGGUCAAGGUGUGAUUGCCGUGCGUGAUUUGCCCAAGGGCAGCGUGUUACCGCCCUACAUGGGCCAACUGCUGAGCUAUCGAGAGGUCGGCUUGCGGGACUUCAACGAAGACAUGGACUACACCUGGUGUCCACUGAAGAAUGGAUUGGCCAUGCUCGAUAUGACACCAGAGGAGUUGAUGGCUGGACCAAAGGCAGACGACAUGUUGUUUUGCGUCGAUAGCAAAGAAUUCACCGAGAAAACGAAUCUGGGGAGAUAUGUCAAUGGAGCAAAGAGUCGAGAACAAUGUGAACUGAUCAAUGUGAAAAUGUGCGAACUCGGUCGAGUCAUGUAUUUCCGAACGACGAAAGCUAUUCGUGCUGGAACCGAAUUGAUCACCAACUAUGGUGGCAGUUAUUGGGACUUCAAAGGAUGUGGGCCUGAGAGCGGCACCGACAUCGCCGUGGUCUUCGCGGUGGGCCGUUUCCUGCCGCUCCGCCUGCAGCGGCCACCGGAGACCACCUCGGAGGACGAGUUCCGACGCCAAUGUCAGGAGACUGAAUUGGCAGCACCAGUGUAUUUCAUUGACUCUACCGCAGAGGAUCUAAUUGAUUCGGCCCAGAAGACAAGUGAUUGCAUCAGCUUUGGCCCCAACAUCUUCUUCUUGGGCGCCUACGGCAUUCGGGAGGUCGAGGGGCUGACAGUGGCUUUCCUAUCUGGCAAGUACACCGAAAAGAGCUACAGGAAGAUCUCUGAGCACUUCUUUCUGGAACCUGGCAGUGGAGAAGGAUAUCUUUACACGGAGAACACGGUGAAGGAGAUGAAGCUCCAAGCUGAAGAGUUGAACAUCGACGUUUUGUUGACCUGUGAAUGGCCAGACACUUUUUGGUCAACUGCCAAGAAAGCUGAGGCCAUCAACCCUGUGGAUGCACGCUUCCGCAGUCCGGCUGUGCGUGAGCUGUUCUUCCAGCUGAAGCCGCGGUACCACGUCUAUGCCAGUGCCAACUUUUUCCGAUUGAGGAAAGCUCAACAGGGUUCUCACGGUUUCGUCUGCACCUCCGUGGCCCUCUGCGAGGCCUUUGCGGAAAGUGAUGCAGAAGGUGAUGCCAACCAUCGAUGGUUCCACCAUAUGUCGAUGCGUCACAACUGCCCGGAGAAAUACAGCUUGCUCUCUGAGGCAGCACGGGUCAAGGUGAAGUCGCAAACCAAGCUGAGUCACCUCUGA